UAACUGGCUAGCAUUUGAUGAAUUUCAGAUAAAGUUAUUAAAUGGUUUCUUGUUCAUACUUGUGGCAAAUUUGGUACUCAUUUUCUUGUCUUGGAGGGUGUACGGAGAACAAAUAUCAGAGCGAUUUUUGAAACCAGGAUUUCAACCACCUGCCUUCAAAUAAAACUGGUUCUGGAGAAAAUAGAGGACAGAGCAAUAAAUGCAGCUACCUCCAAGACAAUAGAAGAGCUGAAGAAGAGUGUGUCACUGUUGAAAUUGCCCAAGGAGCAUUCGCCAAGAGUUUGAGUUGGCAAAAUCAAGAUGGCUGAUAAGAUUAAGCAAUUUUUCCAAAAGAAAAAAGUAGAUGCAAAGUUCAAGAGAGCAGGGAAGGGAUACAAACUAACCGAUGAGCAACCAAGGUCAAAUACAGUGACACCGAAGAGCAGUGUGCCGACGACAUCACGAUCUGCCCUUUCAGCGGAAGCAAGCCAAGCAGCUGCUGCUGCAAUGGCUAGACUUGGUGGGCAGAAGCUAGACAGUGCAACAGCCUUCACUUCAUUAGCUGCAAUCCAGGCACAAGUACGCAAAGAACUAGAGGCAGAAAAGAAAGCAGCGUCUGCAGCAGCAAAAGAAGAAGAAGAAGAAGUAGUUAUAGCUCAGCAGAAGCUAUCAUCAGAAGUUGAAGCUUCACCGCACUUGGCGGUGAAUGGAGUGUAUUUCAAAUGUCCUCUUAUAAGUGAUGAAAUACUUUCAAAAGAAGAGUGGACCGUAAAAAUUAAAGAAUUCUUAUACUCUCAGUUAGAAGAAGAACGUGGAUUAACAUCUUGUCUUAUCAUUCACUCCUGCAACAAGAACAGGGAAAAAAUAGCUCAGUGUGUGGAGACACUUUGUAAGUAUUUAGAGAACAUAGUGCAAAAUCCAACGGAAGAUAAGUACAAAAAGAUUCGAAUGUCAAACAGAAUAUUUCAGGAACGUGUUGCACCCAUUGAAGGAAUUCAAGAUUUCCUAAUGGCAGCUGGAUUUGAAAUUAAAAAGGAAGAAUUUCAAGGUAGUGAAGAGGACUACCUUGUAUUUUCUGAACAGAAUGUUGAAAGCUUAGAAUAUUUAUCAACAUUAUGUGAUGCCCUGAGAUCUGCAGAACCAAUUUCACUGGAAUUAGAUCGUAAUUUGCAAGUGCUGCUUCCUUCACAAGCAACCCAUCGGACAGAUUUGCCACCAGUUUUUUAUACAAUGACACCAGAGGAACUGAAGAAAGAGCAACAGUUAAGAGCUGAAACAAUCGAAAAGAGCAUGAUGCUCAGAACAAAAGCUAUGAGAGAGAAAGACGAACUCAGAGAAAUGAAGAAAUACAGAUAUGCCUUAAUCAGGGUUCGCUUUCCAGAUGGAAUACUCUUGCAGGGGACAUUCCAUGUCUACGAAAAAUUUGACGCUGUUCUUAACUUUGUUACUGAGAAUUUGGUUCAAGAUGACCAACCAUUUAUUCUCAUAAUGGCAAAUGGUUGUCGUUUGAGCCAUGAGGAAGCAAAUCAGACAUUAGUUGAUCUGCGCCUUGUACCAGCUUCAGUUCUUAUAUUUUCUUGGGACACACAGGAAACAGAAGAAAAAUCAGUUGACCAACAAGCAAUGUAUCUCAAACCUGAAGUCAUGCUACUUGUACAAGCUGUAUAAUGAUAGUUAUGCUUCACAAAUUUUUGUGAAUCUGUUAAGUUUCAUCCUUUGGUUGUGCAUUGCUGCAUUAUUGCUGUCUCUUGUAUAAAUAUUUAUUAUUUAUUGCACUGAUGGACUGUAUAUCUGAAUAUAACUGUGUAUAUAAAUUUAUAAACAAAA